AUGUGGAAGAUUAUGCGUGCGUGGAAAUAUGGGGGAAUGCGCUCGGUACAUCACCAGCGUCCCACACACGAGCUGCUUUCGCAACUGUCGUUCGAACAGCAUUACAAGAUCAGGUCUAACAUCGAGCUGCUAAUACAGGACUACGCCAGCAAGCCAAUAGCGCCCCUGAACUACGAGUAUUUCCUGCAGUACAGGCCACCGCUGACCAAGAGAGAGGAGUACAUGCUGACGAUCAAAACGAUCAACCUGCUGCUUUCAUUGACGUGUAAACGGCUGAAUGCCAUUCAGGGACUACCGUAUAAUGCGGUGAUCAACCCGCACAUCGAGAGGACCAACUCCUUGUAUUUGAAAAGCUUGCAGACGUUGCUAUCGGUUGCGUACCCGUACGAGUUGCACAAUCCGCCCAAGAUACAGGCCAAGUUUACGGAACUGCUGGACGACCACGAGGAUGCCAUUGUAGUGUUGGCGAAAGGUCUUCAGGAAAUCCAAUCGUGUUACCCAAAGUUUCAAAUUUCCCAGUUUUUGAAUUUUCAUUUGAAAGAGAGAAUCACGAUGAAGCUGCUUGUGACCCACUAUUUGUCGUUGAUGGCGCAGAACAACGAUGACUCCAACAAAAAGAUGAUCGGAAUCUUGCAUCGGGACCUCCCUAUAGCACAAUUGAUCAAGCACGUAUCUGAUUACGUCAAUGACAUAUGCUUUGUGAAGUUCAACACUCAACGGACCCCAGUUCUUAUUCACCCGUCAUCACAGGACAUCACAUUCACCUGCAUUCCGCCCAUUGUGGAGUAUAUUAUGACAGAGGUUUUCAAGAACGCUUUUGAAGCUCAGAUAGCUCAUGGUAAGGAACACAUGCCCAUAGAGAUCAAUCUUUUAAAGCCGGACGACGACGAGUUGUACUUAAGGAUUCGGGACCAUGGUGGCGGGAUCACACCUGAGGUAGAGGCGCUCAUGUUCGACUACUCUUAUUCCACACAUACCCAACAAUCAACCGAUUGUGAGUCUACAGAUCUGCCCGGUGAGCAAAUCAACAACGUCUCUGGUAUGGGCUUUGGUCUACCAAUGUGCAAGACGUAUCUAGAACUAUUUGGGGGCAAGAUUGACGUUCAGAGUUUACUUGGUUGGGGUACAGACGUAUAUAUCAAGCUUAAGGGGCCCUCUAAGGCUGUACUACUCUCCAAAAAAUAA